CCAGCGGCCUGUAGCUGAGAGGGGCGCGUGUGUGAAAGUCUGAAGUCUGCCCUUAAGGCUUGCAGCACCGGCUCUCCUUUGCGGGACCGCGCAGGACGCGCGCCCACUCGACAAUGAAGCGCUUCAGAGAAGUGGGGCAGGGGUAUGGAGCGAGACGGGCAGAAACCUGGGCACAGGCUGUCCCAGCCCAGCAGCUUAGCAAACAGAAGCCAGAAGCACAGGACAGCUGUGUAAACCAACUCCGGCGGCGCCGCAUUGCAGGGUCCUGGGUUAGAGGGGGGCAUGCUGAACCCACAGUCGAGGUUUCUGGAUUAGGAGGGAAAUGCCUAGCACUACUUGUAGCCAGUGGCAGCUUAGCCCCUUCCCCAGUCCUCCUGACCACUCCUACCGGUCCCAGAGAAGUGAGGCGAAGGAGGCUUGGCUGGCUGCCAGACUAGAAGCAAAACGACUUUGAGGGGUGCAGGGUGCCGGGGCGCAGGUGGCCUGGGGGGUGAGGAAAGUGCGGAGGUUAUCUCAGGGGCACCCAAGGUGGUCCAAAGAGAUCAAUGUUUCAGGGCCCCUCCCUGCUCCAUCCAACUCCUUCACAGUGGGCUAUUUCAGCUGAGAUCCCUUUUUAGAACCCAGGACUCCUCGGGGUCCAGGUGGCCAGAUGGGGUCCUUACUGGCAUAGCAAGAGGGGCUUCAAGACUAGAGUUCAGGCACCAAGACAGUGAGAGAAGCUCUGGUCCCUCACUGUGGCUGACUCCAAACUCUCCUCCAUUGGCCCUCAUUUUCUGGACGUCGUCGAAAGCUCUCCACCCCUCCCUGCCCUCCCGCUCUCCAAGCAAUGACCUCAUUGCAAAAGACAGCCAGAGCGGAUGGUUCCCCUCCCUAGAGAACCAGUGCAGGGAGAGCGAGCAAUGACGCCACUGGAGCUGGGUCGGUCCUGGCCACUUUGGAUUGGCCGCGCGGACUCGUGGGGACCCCCCUCCCACUGUCGCUGGAAUAAGAGCCGAGAGCUCCGCGGGGAAGACGCCCGCAGCAGGCGUUGUGUCCAACGGGGUGGACCGGCCGCUCGCGCUCUCCAGAAACUCGUCUCCAGAGAGGCAUCAUGGGCUUCGGGAAGUCCUCCCCCUUUCUGGCUUUCAGCAUCUUGGUCCUGUGCCAGGCAGGCAGCCUCCAGGCGGCACCAUUCAGGUCUGCUUUGGAGAGCCUCCCAGACCCCACCACACUCAGUGAGAAGGAAGGGCGCCUCCUGCUGGCUGCCCUGGUGAAGGCCUACGUGCAGGGGAAGACAAAUGAACUGGAGCAGGAGCAGGAGCAGGAGGAGACAGAGGGCUCCAGCCUGGACAGCUUCCGAGCUAAGCGGUGCAGUAAUCUGAGUACCUGUGUGCUGGGCGCAUACUCGAAGGACCUGAACAACUUUCAUACAUUCUCUGGCAUCGGCUUCGGGGCUGAAACACCUGGCAAGAAAAGGGACAUAGCCAGCAGCUUGGAGAAGGGCCAGUAACCCCGCUUUGGGGUGCCCCAGGAUGGCAACCAGACUCCUUCCACUCCUUCCUGAUUUCCCUUCUUGCUCCCAUUUUUGAACUAAAUGCAUGCAGAUUCCACUUUGAUCGCUCUUCAAGCUGGUAUUGGUAGCUUUGCUUAUCACAGAGAAUAUGGGGAACCUCAGGAUGGAAGGGAAGAGAGCAGGACUCAUAGGCCAGGUUAGAGGCAAGAGUGAGGGAAGCUUCUUGAGAUCCCAGAGGAUUUCAUGGUAGAGUCCCCAAUUUCUGCUGCAUCCUUCAUGUUUCAUCAUUGAUGAAUAAACCUAUUUUCUAAAAGGAUUUGCACUGUGGUGGUCAUUACUCUGGUUGUGUCCAAGGCUUGAGAG